AAUGGGUUUCAUUUGUUUUAUAAAGAAACUGUGAGAAAUGCAAUGACAGAAGCCGAAAAUAAUAAAAGCAAAUUACCGGAUUUCCCUGAAAUGAGCAAGAUUGGUUCAGAAAGAUGGAAAGCAUUAGAUGAUUCAGAAAGAAAAGAGUGGAAUAAAAAAGGUCAAUUGAUGCGUGAAGAAGAAGAUUAUGGAUUAGUUGAAGUGCUUGCUUGUCCAUCUUGCACAAGGUCAUUUAAGAAAGGAAGUGAAUACCGCUAUCAUAUUAAGAAUUGCGUUGAAAGCAAAUGCGACAAAUGUGAUAAAGUUUUUGUCAAUAAAAUUCAGCUUAAAAAGCAUUAUCUAAAACAUACAGGAUCAGUUUGUUGCGAUGUGUGCCUAAAGAUUUUUUCUGGACAACAAGCUCUUAAAAGACAUAAGGCAUCAUUACAUGACAAUCUUAAAUUUGAAUGCAGUGAUUGUAAGAAACAUUUUUCGACAAAAGGAAACAUGUCAAGACACAAAAAAUUGCAUAAAAUUUAAACAAGUUAUUUUUUUAA